AUGGCGUUACCCCUACCACAAGAUGCCCUCGAAGCGUUGGCCAAAGAGACCAUGCACGAUCGCAUUGUCGGCUGUCUCUUUGGCUCAGCUUUGGGCGACGCAAUCGGCCUAUACACCGAGUUUCUCUCUGGUGAAAUGGCACGUCUAGCCUAUCUAUCCCUCAAGUUCAUCCUCAGUCCGCCGUCUGAAGCGACCCCCUUCCGGCGAGACGCGCAUCGUGAUCCAAAUGUUCCCGGAGAAUGGACAGACGACACCGACCACGCCAUGUGCAUCCUGCUAUCAUAUCUGCAUACAGACGGAAAGUGGAUGUCGCCUCACGACUUUGCGUAUCGUCUGCAUAUCUGGGUGAGGAUGGGGCUUCGGGCACUGGACACGCUGCCUCUAGGCUUGGGGCGAACGGUCGGUGCCAUUGUGAGAAGCAAGACGUAUCUCGAGGAUCCAGAGGGAACUGCGAGGAGACACUGGCGGAAUGCAAAAUGCAAGCUCGCGCCUAAUGGAAGCAUCAUGAGGACACAUCCGCUGGGACUGAUGUGUAUUCACAAGACGAUGGAGGAGACGUUCCAGGUCGCCGCCGAUUACUCUGUCGUCACGCAUGUUGACCCGAGGUGCAUCAUUUCGUGUGUCAUUGGGACAGCGCUUGUUAGGGGACUCGUGCGGCAUGAGAUAUACGAGGAGGAGCAUAUUGAUCAUGUAGUUGAGCAGGCCAUUGCCUGGUACUCGGGUUACAGGUCGCGACAAAUCGAACGGGAUCCCAGCUGCAAAGACGAACCUGAGCUGGACUUGGGCGAGCUCAACAGACACGUCAAAGUCAAAAAUCUCGCCGACCUCGAACUCGACGACAUGUACAAGAUCGGAUACACAUACAAGACCUUCGGCUCAGGCAUUUUUCUGCUUCGCCUCGCUAUGAGAGAAGUCGCGUCCGCUGAGAGUCGCCUUUCCACGCAACAGUCCGUCUUCGAACGACUCAUUACUGAUCUUACCAUGCAAGGUGGUGAUGCUGAUACGAAUGCAUGCUUUGCGGGCGCUCUGCUUGGUUCAUAUUUGGGCUACAAAACAUUGCCGUCACACUGGAGAGAUGGAUUGAAACACGGCGAAUGGCUGAUGAAGAAGGCAGAAGGGCUGAGUAUCCUGCUCGGAAUUGGUCAGGGGGCUUAUAGUGGCUCACGAGACAAAGAUACGGCGCCUGAUGGAGGGAGAGGAUGGUUGACAGAGAGCCAGAUGGAGGAGAAGGUAAUGUUACUCCAGGCCGACAUGGUUAAGAGGAGUCAAGAAAGGGACCGGAUGGAGGAAGCUGAGAAGAGACGGGCGAGGACGAAGAGAGGAUCAUGGCUGGGUGGGAUAGGUGGGAAAUGGUGA